AUGGCAAUUCUAAGCAACACGACUGCGGGGGACUACCUCUGCAUAGGGGAUUCCAUAGCGCUGUAUUCAGUGGAGACAGAAGGAUAUGUCUACAGCCUUCAGACCAGUACUGUACACAAUGGGCUAUAUAUAUACAUAAACCAAGAUAGAGAGAAGCCGACCAAAAUCCCAAACUCUCAAGCUGUAGUAUUUGAAAUAUGUAUACAAAAUCGAUACAAACUGAGCAAAAAACUCCGGAAGUUAACUGCCAGCCAAAAUGCGGAAAUGACGUCAUCAACAAUGGACCUGACGACAUGCGUUAAGGAGCAAGACAAAAUACUUCUGGCUCAAGCAAAGCAUGCAGCCGAAGCUGAAAAUGCCGACAACGCCGCAGAACAAAAACGUCAAAUGAACAAAAGAGUUCGAUAUGGCGAAAUCGUGCAGCUGAAGCAUGUUUUAACCAACAAGUAUGUACACAUGUGUACUUCGCAGACAAGCCAGCAGGACAAGAACAACAUGAUGGUGAUGCUAAAUGAAUUCAACGCAAAGAAUGCCCAGUUCAGAAUUUUGCCUCAGUACAAAGUCAAAUCAGAAGGCGAAGUGGUUCAAAUUUACGAUCAAAUUGUCUUUGAGAGCAUCAAAUCCCCAGGACAUUUCUUUCAUGCAAGUUCUCCUUAUCAAAUAGACCACUCGACCUUUGGAUCAGAAGUUAAUCUUGGAGUAGAGAGAUCAGGACUCACGCUCGUCAGAUAUCACAAAGGAAUUUCUGAACAUGAUCAAUACGUCAGGGGUGGAAGCGUGGUAAGGUUGUUUCACAAAGAGCUGGAGGCAUAUAUAGUCGCGGAGGGACUGUUUAACGAGGAAGUCACCGAGGACGUACACUUCAGGAUUCGGGUUAUGGAUCAACAUAAACCUCGGACGCUUUCGCCUCCAACCUCCGGGAAUACAUUUUGGCAAAUUGAAGCCGAAAGUGGCAUCUUAAAUGGUGAUGUACUUCGAUGGGAGCAGCAGGUUCGAUUGAGGCACAUGACCACUCGAAAGUAUCUAUGCAUUGAUGGAACAAAAGAAAUAUCACUUGUUGAUGAUAAUGAAGACCCAAGAACUGUGUUCAGGCUUUACUCAGUUCUCAGUGAAAGAGACGAAAUUCACUUCGAAAGCUAUUGCAGAAUCGAACAUGUGCUGUCGGGGUUUUGGCUACAUGCCCUGAAAGAUGAAGAUUACAUCAGAAGAAAAUUUAGAGAUAUGGAUGCUGGGAACGAUCAGACUUUACGGGGACUGAUGUGGGACUCGGCACAAGUUAGAAAGGUGGCGGCAAGUGGGGAAAGUCAGUAUGAUGACGCCUUUACCAUUCAAAGGGUGGAGAAAUGUCAGGUGGAUGAGUUCAAUUAUGUGGCAGGGAUGGUGCCGUUUUUACAGAACCUGGUCAGAGACAGGGAGACCAGUAUUGUGCUGAAUGCUAAGAAGACUCACAUCGUCUUAACGGCAAUGACAGACCUUAGAAAAUUCAUGAUGAUAAAAGAUGUUCCUAGCAAAAACAGACAAAAGUUGAUGAGAAAUUUGAGGGUGAUUGAUCUGUUGGUGAAGAUUUUACAGUGCCCUCUGGAUGGGACCAUUGAUGAAAUGAAUUUGAUACAAGUUUUCAAAGAGGCAUACGAAAUACUUUAUACCUACAUGAUCGGAAAAAGUAGAAAGAAUGCACUCUACUUCGCAAAGUAUAUUGAAUUCUUCCAAACGCAAUUUACACAGAAGGGAGGUAUUGGAUUAAAUGUUGCCCAGAUGAUAGUUGAGCUUAUCAGAGACAAACGAAAAAUCGUUGACAGGAUAACCCACGAGCAGAUCGAUGAAUUCAUAGGCCUUCUUCAAAAAACGCAGAACUAUCGUUUUCUGGACCUGAUGCAUGUUUUAUGUGUCUGCGAUGAUAUCGCAAUCCCAAACAACCAAUCCUACAUUGUCAAAAGAUGGAUGCAAAUUGAACAGGGAAAAGGAAUAUUUCUGACAGCACGCGGACAGGAUAUCAACAGACAACCAAACAUUUUGUAUAUAACUACUGAUCACGGCAGAUCUUGGACGGCACUUCACGAGUUUGUUAACUCUGAGUGUGAAUGUUACGACAAAGACAAGCACGAUUUCCUGAUCCAUCAGCUGAACCUUUACAAGGCGCUUUGCUAUGGGAGAAAUGACUACUCAAUCAACAUGAUAACAAAAGAGCUGCGAUACUUGACUUGGGAAGAAGCUUUCUUAUCUCUUCGGUCAGACAUUUUACCGGAGGCAAUUCGAGCGAAAUAUUGCGACCUUACCACAAGUUUGUUUGUUGACGUCGGAAACAACUACUCUGUGUUGGAUCACCCCAAUAUCUGCUUUGUGUAUGAAUACGUCGGAUCAAAAGACGAGGAAAAAAGUCAGGGGGACUUUGUUGUAAAAGAAUUGGUAGCCAUCUUCCCCGUCCUUCGCGAUUGGAUUGCAGAAUUUCUGCUGGACAACAAGUUCAUGAUAGCUAGCGAAGUUGGUCACAAUAUGUUGAUUGAACAGGUCGUCCGACUCCUGUACCAUCUUGUGAAAUUUGGGUACUACCUUGACAGCGAGGAUGUCCAAAAUUUGUUACCACCAUUGUUACAACUCCUGGACGGCAGAAAAGACUAUCCCUAUCCAAAAGAUAAAGACAAAGGAUAUUCAAAAGAGGCAAUUAAAGAGGUGAAUAGAUAUCAAGCACAGGAUAGAUAUGAACAAAGUCCCGAGACAGAGGCAAUAGUAAAUGCCAAAUUCCAGGUUUUGGAAGUGUUGGAUUUGCUGUUGACGUAUCAGAGGAAUUCACGUUUACAGAGUUUCGUUAACAAGUUUAAGAAAUCAGAAAUCUGUUGUGAAGAGCACAGAGCAGACAUACAGUUGCCAAUGCUCUUUGAUGAUUUUGAUCCGCACAGUCAGUCGAAACGUGCCUUGAAAACCCAAAGAAAAAUAAACAAAGGACUUCGAAACAUGUUCAACGAGUCUGCGAUAUUUGACAUGGAGUUGCUCACCAAAAUUCUUCUAGAUCUGUCAAAUUACAAGUACAACAAAAUGAUAACUAAAUCUUUGAAUAUACUCAACAAACUGUACUCCUCAAAAACCAACAUGUUCAAAUUAUCAAGCAAAGCUCAGAUUUUGUUGACUCAAGACUCUGCCCGAGUCCACCGCGAGGUUCUCAAGAGUAUGCCGAUCCUUCGUCGCUUGGCCCGGGCAAAAUUAGACGAGCAGCAGGUCAAACUCAUGGGCGAUAUACUGGAUGAUCUGGCAGAGUUCUGCCAUCUACCCAUGACGCCUGAUGAACCCCAUCCAAUGAAUCAAAACAUUUUGAUAAGCAACGGAUUACUCAACAUUCUGUUUGAUAUACUGACGCAAGACAUCGAUUCAAAAUUGCUGACUCAGUAUGGUGGUAUGCAAGACAUAUUCAAGAAGACAUUACAUCUAUUGAAACUCCUUGCUCGUGAAAACGAAAGAGUUCAACUUCAUCUGUUUGAAAGAAUUGAUGUCCUUCUGGAUGUUCGAAUCGUUGAAUCUGAUCUAGCUAUUGCUCUGAAGGAGGUGUUUAUGGGGAAUCCAAACACCUGCUUGAAGGUCAGUCCUAGGCAGAUUCAGAAGAUUGUGUUCAGGGCCGCUGAAAUGCAAGACCGCGCUCCAGAGUUUCUAGACCUCUUAGGAAUGGUUGUCAAGGUCACCGGAACUGAUCUGACACUGAAAAGAAAUCAAGCAUAUGUGAUGAAGUACAUCAUGCAGAAUUAUAAGAAAGUAGCCUAUGUUUUAGACCUUGCUCUGGAAGACAAAGAAUCCAUUUUAACAAAUCCACGUCGUCUUCCCUCGCUGCGAUACUACCUGAGCUUGUUAGAACUGCUUUCCCUCUGUGCAGAGGGUGAAAAUAUGUUUAUCGAGUCACUUUGUCAAACAAUACUGCCAAUGGACGAUUUGCUGUGGGUGCUAAACAACCCCAACAUAGACAACGUGUACAAAAAGCCGUUCUUGUCUUGCUUACAUCACGUGUAUCUGAAGAAUGGAUCCAGUGGGGUGGAGACAAGUGCUGGAGAAAUGCCCCAUCACGAGGAUCUUUGGGAUUAUUUGUCGAAUUUGUCAAUCGACAUGAACCGACUUACUGAUAGUGUGAAAGAAGAUCCAGACAAAAUAGCAAUUCAUCUGAAAACAGCACCAGAAAGAAGUGGUGCGGCAAGUGCCCCUGACUUCGAGUCCGCCGCCUACGGAUCCGUCCUCUACUUCCUGGAGGCCGUACUUCCGUUUCUAGAAGCAUUCUACAGAGAUUUCUAUUUUCCUGAUGAAGCCUCACACGGAAAUGAAAUUGACGAAACUGACCAUAUUGCAAAAGCUGUUGUUAUGUUUUCGGAAACGAUUGGCCCACUUUUAUACAAGCCUUCUCAUAUGAAGAACAUUGUGAAUGCUCUGACCGUCAUUGUGCCAAUUUCAAAUAUGCCAAACUCAAAUGUGGACCACGCGUUGGACCGGUUUUCAUCCGGGGUAACAGUGGAGGAUACCUCCUGUGCAGUUCGAAGGGGAAAUAUCGAAUACUAUGCACACGAAAUUGAAAUAAACGGAAAAUUUAGAACAUUUGCAAAGAAUGCAGCCAUUGUAUUCGCGGGCCAUAACACUGUGACUGCACAACUGAAACUAAAGAGUGACAGAGAAUAUACGGAUCUCGGCGGAAAUGAAGAAAUACCCCUUGGCGAUGAAUUUCAAAGCUUGGUCAAACGUUUUAUUAACUUUAAUGAGAAAAGACCAGAGAGACGAUACGAAGGAGCCUGUGUAUUGAUUGAGCAAUUAAACAUAUCAAGCGUCAAGAAAAGAAUGACAGAAAAAGCCAUGCAGGAAAUGGACGAAUUAAACAUCAAAUGUUUACAAAUUCUAAGAACCAUCAUCCACAAUGAGGAACGUAAAAUGCCUGAGGACUGGGCUCUGAGAACGACGGAACCAGCAGUGAAAAAGAUACUUAGACAUAUCGCUGGUAUUCAGAACCUGUAUGAUAAGAAAGGCGCCAUGAAGAAGAGUCUCCCUCACUUGGCUACCAGAUGUGAAGAAGUGGCCAAGGAAGUCCUGGGGUUCCUCUGCAUCAUGCUUUUCAAUGCCAACACGUCAGUGCAGCAAGCAAUGUUGGAUUACUUCCUGUCGACGAGAGAGGAAGUGUUCUUUAUGGCUGUUAGGGACAGGAUGGCUCUGUCAACCAAUUCAAUAAAAGAAAAACGGUCACUUCAGGCCCAGAUGGAUGCAAAAAAGAAAAAUUCUUCAGAAGCAUUUAGUCAUAGAACACGGAGGGAGUUUCCAGUCUCCAUAUUGGCUCUAAAGCAAAUACAAGCAUAUGAGGAUGCACUACGACAGCAACGAUUAGCAGGAUGGUCAAGAAAGAAAAACAGCUCACAUUCAAAAUCAAAGAAAAAACCAAAACAUCCGAAGGAGCGCAAGGUUCCAAAGAAACAAGUUAAAGUCAAAGAUUCAGCCACAAAUGGUUUGAAAAAGGAAGUGAAGUUUGCACCGCCUGUGUCAAAGGAAGACCAAGCCUUAAUGUUUGCCCAAGAGCUAGAACCAGAAAUGGUUUCUAUUAGAGUCGAGGAACCUGAACCUGAACCAAAUAUUCCGGAACCAGAAGUAAAGGAAGAGGAAGAAUCCUUGGAAUAUAGAAAUGAUGGCUACAUAGAACUUGUUCUCAAGGUGAUGGCCCGGAUGUGUGAUGGUCAAAACCACACGUUGCAGGACUACUUGAGAGAACAACCAGACAACGUAAAAUCGUUCAACAUCAUUGGUGAGGUGACCCGAUUUCUAAAUGUGGUAUAUUCAAACAUCAAUGGAAAGAAUAUUGACCUUGUCAUUCAACUAUUUGAAACAAUGAACGAAUUCACAGCGGGGAACCAAGACAAUCGAGUGGUCAUAUUUGACAACAAAAUUAUUGAUUAUAUCAAUUUUAUUCUCCGUGCAGCAGAAUUCCAAUCAUGUCCGACAGAAAAAGUACUCGGCCUACGAGAAAGCAUAGCCAAUUUAAUAUUAUCUUUGAUUGAAGAAAACGGUCCUGGAAAAUCAGACAUUUCUUUGGAAGUAAAGGACACUCUGGACAAAAAGGCAAUCAUUGGACUUAUGACCGAAUGCUAUGAAAUGCAUCAACCCGAUAAAAAGAAAAUAGAGGAGUUGAAAAAUAUCUCCUUAGGAAUUGAUGCUAUUCCUCCGCAGCCAUCAAAGAAAUCCUUUUCACAAGCCCAGUCGUUCUUCAAAGGAAUGAGGAAACACAAAGACGAAUUGGCGGACGUCUACAUGGACGUGGGCUUUCGGUUUUAUCUCAUUCUUGCCCGCAUGUUUGAUAUAGACCCCAAACUUGUAGAAUACAUUAAAUUGGACUUGCUGCAACAGAAAGCUGUGAAUUUCUACCGGAAAAAUUGUCAGAGUAUUGAAAUUGUGAAAGAUGAUGAGUUACAAAAGGUCAACUUCAGAGUUAAAAACAAGCGGGUGCUUCGGGAGGAGGUAAAGGAAAUGCUGAAAUGGACUGUGGAUAGAUCUUCACCUAGUAACAAGAUCAGAGAACUCAUGGAAUGGACAAAAGACAUCAUGAAAGACAUAGCAUAUCAGAGGCAUAUUCUAAGCAACCCAAUAGCUAUCUGUCUCACAAAAGGAUGGCUUAUCUGGAACCAUAUCGUGACGAUUUUGAGCUUCACAAUCAACAUACUGAUGUUGGUAACGUGGCAAGCUAAGGCGUCGUUAGCAAGUCCGAUAGUGAAAGUAUUGAUGCAGAACACAACGGUAGUUCCGGAAGUAGUCAGAGACCCUAUUCCAGUUAUCACAACGUUGUCUGAUGAGGAAUAUCGCUUGGCUCUGUACACACUAGGUGGCAUGCAUAACUUUUUCACCGCUUUAGUGGUGAUAAGCUAUUUUCUUGGAAAUCAUCCACGUCUCCCACACUUCAGUAGUAUCUUCAAGUCCAUAAAAAAAUCUUGUACUCGGGACAAAAAAGAUGAUGACGAAGACGAUAAGAAAAACAAACAUCAGUCGAAAUUGGAUGCAAAGUUCUUCAGUUUUACAACAUUCUAUUAUUUGGGAUUUCUGGCCCUCUCCAUAGCGGGAACCAUGUACCAUGGGUACUUUUUUGCAUUCCAUCUACUGAACAUAGUCAACAAUAAUCAACUUUUGUCAGGAGUCAUAAAAGCUGUCACACAGAACGGUCGGUCUCUUGUAUGGGUAGCCAUUCUGGGCCUUGUGGUCUUUUAUUUAUACGGAAUCAUUAGUUUUGCGAUGAUGAGGAGCAUGUUUGACCCAGACGAUUACCUCUACUGUGCCUCGCUUUGGGAGUGUACAAUUACAGUUAUCAGAUAUGGGUUAAUUGGGGAUAUGUUUGAGAGUGUAAAUGCACAUAAGUCCGAGGCGUCAUUCUACAAGUUUGGGCUUGUUGUUAUCUAUCACAUAUCGUUCUUCAUCUUUGUGUCAACCAUCGGUCUCAACAUUAUCUUUGGAAUCAUUGUGGACACCUUUUCUGAACUUAGAGACCUCAAGUGGACAGCAGAAGCGGAUAUGCGUGAUACUUGCUUCAUCUGCAGUAGAAAUAGUUACGAUUUUGAGCAUCACGGCAAGGGAUUUGACCAUCAUGUGAGGUUUGAACACAACAUGUGGUCCUAUAUUUUCUUUUUCAUCCAUCUUCAUGGCACCAAAGUUAAUGACUACACAGCUUUAGAAAUGUUUGUCCAUAAACUGCUCUUGAAGGAAAAUUAUGACUUCUUCCCUCUUGACCGGGCCUUGUCACUUGCUGGAAUGGGUAAAGACUCAACGGAAACAAAAAUUGAUGAUCUGUUGUACCACGUUACAUCAAUUGUCGAUAAACAACGGAAAGAGGAAUUAGAAAAGAAAAGAAAUGAAGAAAGAGUUCGCCAAAAAGCCUGGGAACAAAGACACCGUCUUGGUUCUUUCCGACGUCGCGCUAAACUUCCUGCCCCUGCUGAUGAGGAUACAACACCUUCCGUUCCUCCCUCACAGACAGACGAGCAACCAGCACAAUCUGGGAUCGGAACAACCACCAGUUCAGCUCAACCGCAAACCAGUCAACCUGGGCAAUACCUACGCCCUGUAUAUCCGACAACAAGUCAACUUAGUGGUCGAGCAACUCCCGGUCGAAGAUUGAGCGACGUGGGGCUAGCAACAAGCAUGCUUGGAAGGUCGGACCUUCUCCAACCAUCAACAUCUGGUUUCCUGUCACGCCAAGACAGACGAACGUCCAUAACUAGCCGAAGUGGGAGUCCUGUCCGAUUCGAUCAGUUUCGUCGACGUAGUCCUUCACGUUACGAUGACGAGGAUGACCACAUAGGAAGCCCUGCACGAUGGGAUGACCGAACACGAAGUCCAUCAAGAUCUCGGUUAGGAAGUGAUGCAGAAAUGAGAGGAUUUACUCCUAGCCCUUUGUCACGAAGAGACACAAUGAUAACCCCAUCAGUCAUGAGCCCGAGAUGGGGAGACAGUUUAUCCACUAGUCCUAGAGCAACUAUGGUGUUUUUCCCAGAUUCCGAUCCGAUUCCACCACCACCAUCUUACAUGAGUAGACGCAGCAGCAUAGACAGACGUGGUAGCGACUUCCGACCUGAAUCAAUAGAAGGCCCAGCAUAUCCGAUGCCUGAAUUUGAUCCUCAGGACGAUGCAGAUAGCGCACACAGUGGGGACUACUCCAGAAGAGACUCAAGAUACUGAAUACAUUUUGUUUUAAGAAUUCUUAGUAUUUUAGAUUGGAACUGACACUAUAGUACAUUGUACAUCUACACUUUAUUAUAAUUUGAACAGAUAUUGAGCACAGCAUGUAUGAUCGGUAAUACUUUUCACUUCAUUGUUUACAUAAAUACAAUUCAUUGUGUACUAUAUGAUAGCUUUUUCAAAUUGAUUAAUUGAAGUUCAACUUCAGAUUUGUUUCAUGGGAAGUAGUUCUUUCACGAUUUUAAAAGGAAUCACUAUACAUUUUAUGAAAUCACUAUAUUUCGAACGGUAACCUUUAGGAAAUUUUGAGAGAUGGGGCUAUUUCCUAAUAAAUCGUGAGCUUAUUUCUUGUCAAUUAACCGAUCUGUCAUCUGCUUGAGAUGAAAAACGUUCUACCAGUCGUCGACCUCGUCAGAACCUUAACGAUAUAAUAGUUUUAUUUCAAGCACUGAACUUGUAACGAUUAAAUGUAAACACUGUAUAAGAAUCUGAGUUACACUGCAACCACAGUAUGUUGAAAACAUAUUCUCAUGAAAGUAGAACAUAAGCAAAAUCCAAUAGAUAUACACAGAAACAAAAAGUCCUAUAUAUUGAAAAAAUCAAGCUGAUUUUAUUUAUUGUCGUUGAAGUUUAUGGAUUGAUGUAACAAGAUAUGAGGAAAGUAACCCCAUAUCCAUAAUAUUCAAUUAUAAUUUACAUGACUUUGAUAGUGCUUAGCUUUACACCAAUGCUUUGAUUGUUUAUUCAUGUCAUUAAUUAAACUAUC